AAUACGCCACGCCAAGAAACGGUAAUCGGGACACUCUCGCCGAGGAUGAGAUUCCGCGAGACCCUUCAUCUCCCCUCAUCCAGUUUAAUCAAUAUGGCUGCCCCGACACCCACAACAAGAUUUAGUGACAAUUACGAGCUAAAGGAAGAACUAGGAAAGGGUGCCUUUUCAAUUGUGCGACGAUGUGUGCAGAAGUCGACUGGAUUAGAAUUCGCAGCCAAGAUCAUCAAUACCAAGAAGCUUUCAUCUAGGGAUUUCCAAAAGCUAGAACGUGAAGCCCGGAUCUGCCGGAAGUUGAACCAUCCGAAUAUCGUGCGGCUUCACGAUAGCAUUCAAGAGGAAGGAUACCACUACUUAAUAUUUGAUUUGGUUACAGGAGGUGAACUAUUUGAAGACAUAGUAGCCAGGGAAUACUACAGUGAAGCAGAUGCUAGCCACUGCAUUCAGCAAAUUUUGGAGAGUGUGAACCACUGCCAUCAGAAUAAUGUGGUCCACAGAGAUCUUAAGCCUGAAAACCUGUUGUUGGCCAGUAAAGCCAAAGGUGCUGCUGUCAAGUUGGCAGAUUUCGGAUUGGCUAUUGAAGUUCAAGGAGAACAGCAGGCCUGGUAUGGAUUUGCCGGCACACCAGGUUACCUCUCGCCGGAGGUGUUGAAGAAGGAUCCAUAUGGCAAACCUGUAGAUAUCUGGGCUUGUGGUGUCAUACUCUAUAUCCUACUCGUCGGGUACCCACCUUUUUGGGACGAAGAUCAGCAUAGGUUAUACGCGCAGAUCAAGGCAGGAGCCUAUGACUAUCCAUCUCCCGAAUGGGACACUGUCACACCAGAGGCGAAGAAUCUCAUCAACAGCAUGUUAACCGUGAACCCUGCCAAACGGAUAACUGCUGCUGAGGCACUCAAGCACCCCUGGAUUUGCCAACGCGAACGUGUGGCUUCUACCCUCCACCGCCAAGAGACGGUCGACUGCUUGAAGAAGUUCAAUGCUAGACGUAAGCUUAAGGGAGCCAUUUUAACAACAAUGCUGGCCACCCGUAACUUCUCAAGUCGGAGCAUUAUGACAAAGAAAGGAGAUGGUUCCCAAGUCAAGGAGUCCACUGACAGCAGCACUACCAUAGAAGACGAUGAUGUCAAAGCUGUAAGGAACAAUAAUGGGUCUAUCCACGAUCCUCGUAAACAAGAAAUUGUGAAGCUGACUGAGCAACUUAUAGAGUCCAUCAAUGGAGGAGACUACGAUACCUACACAAAGCUGUGUGAUCCCCAUCUGACUGCAUUUGAGCCUGAAGCUCUAGGUAACUUAGUGGAAGGGAUGGAGUUCCACAAGUUUUAUUUCGACAAUGGAGCUGGCAAGAGCUACAAAUCACAAAACACAACGAUAAUGAAUCCGACUGUGCACCUAUUAGGAGACGACGCAGCCUGCAUUGCGUACAUUCGUCUCAUGCAGUACAUUGAUAGGUCCGGCACUCCUCGUACUCGCCAAACAGAAGAGACACGUGUGUGGUACCGCAAGGACACAAAGUGGCAAAACGUUCACUUCCACCGCUCGGCAAACAGCUCCGGAGGGCAUCCCGACCCCGCCAUCAAAUAAUGUUGCCCUUGCUCUAGCAUCCACUCUUCUCUCUAUAUAUCUAUGCUUUAUGUGAUCUGCAUACUCACCACCAGUUUUAUGUUCUUCACACCUGCCACGAAUGCUCCGUGUUAUUUUUCCUUGUUUUUUUUUUUUUUUUUUUCUUCUGCACAAGCAGCCCUCCUAUGGAUGGAGGAAAGAAACGCUCCGGCACGCGUUCACUCUUAGGGUAGGGCGCUACAGCUUGCCCAAACAAUGUUUUUACAUCUGUUGGCCAACUGGAUCUGUACGAAAUGACUUUUAACGUGUAUUACUUGUGUCCUCCAUCCUGCAGUACUUCUAAGUAAUGUGUACAUUCUACUUUUCACAUUAUUACCAGAAAAAGGGACUUUGUGGCCUUUGCUUUGUGAACCUAAAUUGAGCCAUAAACUGAGCUAGUGUAUAGGAUACUUGUGAUGCUACUUUUAAAGAGAAAUGUACAGUUGAUCGCUAACCCCAAAGGCCUUUUUCCUGAGCACUACACACGUUAUGCCCCCCCUGACCUCUGUGUGCACUAUUAUUGCAUCACGUGCAAUUGCUAUCUCUUCUUUGGUGGCUUUCACACUCAGUCUCGUUGUGUACCAUGCCUAUUCUAAGAAAUAUGUCACAAACUUUUUCAACAUAGCGCGUCGUUCCACACGUGCAGGGGUCUAGCGCGAAAAGGAUACGGGAAAGGGUUGUUGUACUCUUCUUCUGAGGGAGGACUUUUUAGCCUUCAUCUCCACAUAGUCACACCGUGUUGCAUGUUGAAAGGAUGAAGCCUCGUCAACUGUUGUCGUUAUAGACAUAGAUGCUUUUUGAGACACCAGGUGGGGGUGCUGGUGCUGUAAUGAGAGGCAACCCGCUAAGGAACGCAGCCCAGCCGUUGCGGGCCCUCAGUGUCGCUGAGGUUCAGUGCGACCGACGGGCGCUAACGAGGGAAGUGUUCAAAUUCUUGGAGUAAACACUGCUGAAACAGCAACAGGCUGCUGGUACGUCCCAGGAACGGAAGGUCGCGACCUGUAACUACGUCUGGAUGUUAGCAGCGCGAGUGUGCGGGGACGACCACCGGUCAGAGUGCCAUUUACUUUCGAGGAGAGAAAAAAAGCUACAUGGCAUAUGUGUUCCACAAAGUGCAGUGUAGUGACUUGUAAAUGUUAACGAAUCUGUGUGUGUUUUGUACUGUGAUAUUUGUUUUGCUUCAGUUUGAAGACCUUUUGCUCUGGUGCUGCUGCCCACCUUUUUGCAAAAAGCUUCGCUGGCAUGCCCAAUGGGAUAUCAUGAUGUCAUGCCCACACAAUCCCUGUUCUUACACCCUCUGUACAUUUCAACUUUUCUUUGUAUUGGCUUGUUCUUUCCUUUUUUUUUGUUUUUUGUUUCACAUUUGUUGAUAGUGAUGUGAGAGUUUUAACAUUUGUUAAAAGUGUACUUUGAAUGACAGAAUGCAACGAUCAUGCAGCUGAGACAAUAUAUGUUUGAUUAUUUAUAAAUUAAAGUACAGUUUAUUACUACUUUA